GUCAGCUAAAGUACGUACAUUGUAUGGUUGAGGGUACGCCUCUCAAGCGUCAAACGUUCACGGUACCAGCAAGACCAAAUGUCCUGAAUAUGGGCUUAAGUCAUCAACAGACAUACAGUUAAAAAGACCAAAGGAAUAGUAGAUCGAUGGAGUACAUGUGUUGCUAACAAUACUCAGACGCUGUUAAAUACGGCAAUAGAAACAUGAGCAACAUACAAGAAUCGAACCUCGGAGUCAGCCCCCGAGAAGACGUAAACAAAAACGCUUCGAUUGACGAGCUCGCAGGUGAAUUUAAGAAUACAAUGGAAGACAUGGACCACUAUAUUGACAAAUUGAGUGACGAGGUCAAAACAUCUAAACCGAUAAAGCAUGACGCGGAUUCACCGCGCGAAGGCGCUGAAACUGCCAUGACAAGCACAAUUGACGAUAACAUUAGGGCCGAGCGACAACUACAGAAGAGCAACGAGCUUUUAAAUGAAGUGCGCCCUCUGCUGGAGAUCUACCCAAAGAAAUUUGAAGAGCUGAAAAAGCUUAUUCACACGAUCAAAAUACGCCACCUCGCAGACAUGAGCAAACAGAAAAGACGCUACAAGGAAGAGAUGGACCGGAGGGUGGACGAAGCCAAAGAACAAGAACGGGAGAGCAUGAAAAAGGAAAUGGAAGACUUGAAAAAUGAAGCUGAGAAAAACAAAACUAAAUGGAUAAAUACCACCAGUAAACUGAAAGCAGAGAGCAUGAGACUCGAGAGGGCAAACGACCGUAUCAGCAAAGCGGAAUCUGAGACGCAUGGAAACAAAAUUGGAUUAACGCGAUCGAUUGAAUUGUUGAAGAAGGAAAUUCAGCAAAAUCACCGAGAUUUGGUGAGUUUGGAAAAAGAAAGACGCAAAGAGAGGGCGAGGGCUGACAAGGAAGCGGAACGGGCUAGAAAACUUGAGAACAAGCUGGACACAUUCACGCGAGGCAAACUGCACCAUCGAACGAUAACAGCCGAAGAGAAAGUGAACGACGUCGAACACAGAUAUGAAAUCUUACACUGGAAGUUUAGGUCUUUGGUUAGUGUCGUUAAUGAUUUAGUCAGGCAAGGGACGCCACCUUGUUUCACCAAUGUAUACUCGUUGCAAGACUUUCUUGACAGCGGCAGUGAUGGACGAUCAAGCCAGCUUCCGGAAAUACCCGAGCCAUUCCGAACCAAAGAUACUGAGCGAAGUAGACCACGCAGGAGACGUCUCAAGUCACCGAAACCAGUCAAAUUACCGGAAAUUGCGGGGGCCGAAAAAACUAGAAAGAAUACGGACAGUAAUUCUGGAGGCGAAACCGACGAAAACAACGGGGAGUCAGUUAUUGCCGAGCAAUCGCCAAAAUCACCCGAACUGAACAGUCCGAACGAAUCUUUUCGACCGGGAAGUAGAAUAUCAGCGGAAAAUUCCGAAGACACACCUAAGGAACAGCCAGAAGAGACAAUUAGACCGAACACGUCCGAUGAUAACUCUGGGAAAACCGAAGCCGAUGACCAGAACGAACCCACCGAAAGCCAAGUUUUCCUUACCGAAACAAAUUCUGUGGCAGGUGAGCGUAAUAAGAGUGACGACAGUGAUGAUGGGAACACUCAGGAAGAAAAACGAAAUUCCAGAAAAAAUACUUCAAAGGAAAAUUUGACUAAAAAUAAAUCAGCAUCCGAGGACGACAUGGAAAAAGAGGAAUACGAAAAAGAAUUGGCUGCUCUUAAGAGAAAAAGAACAUUGAAAAAGAAAAAAUGACUUGCUAAACAUUCUGUGACGUCAUUAUUGAGGGUCAUGUGAAGAUAUACUGCUUCAAAGUAUCAGCUGUGUCCUAGUGGAUCAACAGAACGUGAGCGUCCCAAAUCGACACAUAUUCAAC